AAAAAGAAUUCACCGUUACUGUAUUUUUUGUUUAAAAUUUAAGUCAUCUCUGUCAAAACAUAUAAUGACUGUGCAUAAAAACCAUCCAGAGGUUUUAAUUUUAAAUACAAAGAAGGCUAGAUUGAACUGUUUAAAAGAUUUUAAAAGGAGAGGAAUUUUUCAAUACAACAAAGCUGAAGCUGGAAAAGAAAAUCCAGUAUAUCAAAGGGAAAGAUUUUCUCUGAAAAACAAAGAGUUAAAUUAUUGUAGCUUGUGUACAGCGUUUAUUUCAAAGAAAUUUUGGCACAAUCAUGAAAAAAAUUGCCAAAGGAGCACAGAUAGUUUUGAAAAAAUAGUUCCAAUACUAGCCAGUCUUCUUGGGAUACCUAGUUUGACAAUGGUAAACGAAGAGUUUACAAACAACAUUCUGUCUCAUUUAAGAAAUCAUAGAAUUUCUAAUAUUGCUCUACACGAUAAAACAAUUCUAAAAAUUGGCUCUAUGCUUUACGGAAGGGAAAAGUAUAAUAAGGACAAAUUUGUUGUAUCAAGAAACUAUGUCCGAAAUUCAAUGAAGCAAUUGAGUUCUCUAUAUGAGGUUUUUUGUCAGCAGGCAGAUGUCGAAAAAAUUAAUAACAAUUCAGCAGACAUGUUCGAAUGUUCAAAUAAUAGAGCCUUUCGAGCAGCCGUUCGGUUCUAUACUACAAAAGAUAAAGAUGAUUUAAAAGCUGGACUGAAACAAAGUUUGUGCUAUUUAAUAAUCAACUGUGUAAAAAUUAUUAAAAGAAUAUAUAUUGAAGAGCAAAACUCUGAUGCUGCUAAGCAACUUGAUUCUUUUUUCUCCUUAUUUAAAAUGUGGAAAAAAAGUACGUUUAAAGAUGCCUCUAAUAAACUAAUACAAACAAAGCAUAGCAAAUUACAAAAACCUUCAUCGCUUUCUUUGGAAAAAGACUGUGAAAUAUUUAAAAAUUAUAUCUUAUCAAAAAUGGAGUUUUUUACUGCUAAUCCACUGUGGAUGGAGUCGUUUAAUGUAGAAAAUUUUGUGGAAUUAAGAGAUCUUGCAUGUGCUAGACUAACAUUUUUAAAUGCUAGGCGAGGCGGCGAACCAGCAAGAUUAUUAUUAAGUCAGUACAAUGAAGAGGUUGGGGACGAAUACAUAGAUAUACAUCGUCUCCAUGAGUUUAAUGAAAAAGAUCAAGACUUAAAAAAGUCGGUUAAAAUAGCAUGUAUGGCAGGUACAAGUGCAAGUACAUUUAUUCCAUCGGAGAGUCAAAAUAAGUGUCAAAAUCUACAGAUACAAGAUAUGGCGGAAGUUCUAGUUUAUUUACCGAUUCGAAGAGUUGUGCAAGUCAAAAUGCAAGAAAAUCUACUCAUAAAAGAUAUAGUAACUAGCAGUUGUGCAACUUCUAGUACAUUUAAUCCAUCAGAGAGUUUUGCAUAUCCAAACGCAAGUCAAAAAUCUGCAGAUACAAUAUAUGGUGCAAGUUUCAGUACAUUUAUUCCAUCGGAGAGUUUUGCAAAGCAAAAUAAAGUUCAAAAAUCUGCAGAGAAAAGAUAUGGUGCAAGUUCAAGCACAUUUACUCCUUUGGAGUGUUUUGCAAGUCAAAAUGAACGUCAAAAAUCUACAGAUAUUAGAUAUGGUGCAAGUUCUAAUACAUUUAUUCUAUCGGAGAGUUUUGCAAGUCAAAAUGAACGUCAAAAAUCUACAGAUACAAGAUAUGAUACAGUUAAAUGCGAAAAUGUUGAACUCUUUUUAUUUAAUCAAGGUGCAAAUUCCAGUACAUUAACUCCUUCGGAGAGUUUUGUAAGUCAAAUUGAUGCUCAACAAUCACCAGAUAAUAGAUAUGACGUAGAAACAAAAAGCAGAGGUACAAACAAGAAAGAAGGAAAAAUUUGCCAACCAGAAAUUGUGCCAGAAAGAAAAUAUCAUAAAUGGGUUUUGAAUGAAGAGACACAGCUAAUACAAUACUUUCAAAGUUAUAUUAAUGAAAACAAAAUGCAUGACAAAAAAAAAAUUAUUCAGGUUUUGGAGGAGAAAAUGAUAGAACAAAAGCAAGAACAAAAGAAUUAA